ACAUGUUUGGCAGGAGAAGUUAUAAACUCUCUUUCAUUUUGUUUCAAUAUAAGGGAAGUAAUAAAUUCUCUCUCUCUCUAAACUUAAUUCAAUUCGAUUCGAGGUUUUGGACUGUUACUUCGAUAAUCAGAUUCACAAAAUCCAGCGAUAUAUCUCCAAAAUCUAUCUUUUUCUUCUUCUUCUCCAUCUUCAUGUUCGCAUUCUCUCAGAUUUGAUUUCUUAAUCAUCUUUUCAGCAAGAAAUGGAGGGCUUACCAACGACGUCGUCCAAACCGGACAGGCGAGGGAGAUCCAAGUCUUCCCAAACAUCCAAACCCUCCCUACUCAUGGCCUUCUUCUCUUGUCUCGCUUGCCUCUACAUCGCCGGCCGGUUGUGGCAAGAUGCAGAGAACAGAACAAUACUGGCGAAUCUUCUUGAGAAGAACUUGAGCCAGAGACCAAAAGUUCUUACGAUUGAAGAUAAGCUAAUGGUCAUGGGAUGCCAGGAUUUGGAAAGGAGGAUUGUGGAAGCUGAGAUGGAACUAACGUUGGCAAAGAGUAAGGGUUACCUCAAGAAUAAGUCGCAGCAAAGUGGGUCUUCUUCUGGAAAAAGGCUUCUUGCUGUUAUUGGAAUUUAUACUGGAUUUGGGAAUCGAUUGAAGCGAAAUCAGUUUAGAGCAUCUUAUAUGUCAAAAGAUGACGCUUUGAAAAAACUUGAAGAAAGAGGAGUGGCCAUACGUUUUGUAAUUGGUCGGAGUCCCAAUCGAGGUGAUAGCUUGGACCGCAGUAUUGAUGAGGAAAACCGGACGACAAAGGAUUUCUUAAUUCUUGAUGGUCAUGAGGAAGCUCAAGAGGAGUUGCCCAAUAAAGCGAAAUUCUUCUUUAGCACAGCAGUUCAAAUUUGGGAUGCAGAGUUUUAUGUAAAAGUUGAUGACAACAUAGACAUUGAGCUUGAUGGGUUAAUUGAACUUCUUGAAAGCCGCCGUGGAAAAGAGGCUGCUUAUAUUGGAUGCAUGAAGUCUGGAGAUGUGAUAACUGAAGAGGGAAAGCCAUGGUAUGAACCUGAAUGGUGGAAAUUUGGGGAUGGUAAAUCGUACUUCCGACAUGCGAGUGGUUCACUUUUUAUACUAUCCAAAGAAUUGGCUCAAUAUAUUUACAUAAACAGUGCAUCUCUAAAGUCUUAUGCUCAUGAUGACAUAUCAGUGGGUUCUUGGAUGAUGGGAAUCCAAGCAACCUACAUAGAUGAUAGUCGUACGUGCUGCAUGAACUCAAGACAAGAUAAAGUAUGUUCCUUGGGUUGAUAGGAGGAGGUUUCUUUUCUUCUUUUUCCAUCAGAACAACCAACCUCUAAGCCUGUUAUAAAUGCAUUUGGAACAUUCCCUGUGCAUGACUUUGCGGUGUCCCGUGGCAGUGAGGAAAUCUGAAGCGGUAGCAAAAUUUUUAUUCUUACAUUUUACCGAGGGGUGAUCGGCAGCAAUUUUUUCCCCAUAGGAUAAACACAUUAGUUGACUGAUCUGUAAACCUCCAGAUACUGCUAACCUUAUAGUGCAAUAUGGUUGGUUACCUACACACUGUUCAGUAUUUAGGUAAUGUUUUUUCUUAUUUAACUAUUAAAUUGUGUUUGUGGAACUU